AUGGAAACUGAGGAACUUGACGUUCUCAUCAUCGGGGCAGGCCCGACAGGUCUGACCCUGGCGCUUGAGCUGGCCUUGCAACAGCACGGGCACCAGGGGAAGCGGGUCAAGUUCCGCAUCAUCGACCGCGAGCCGGAGCGCUCUCCAUACAGCCGCGCUUUGGUACUUCAGCCACGAACGCUGGAGCUCCUGGCGCGGUACGGCUUCGACAAUUUCCUGACACGCAUGCUAGACAGGGGCAAGGCGGUCACGGGCAUGACCUGGACCUUCACGCCGACACGUGAGGCCCGGUUCCAGUUCAGCGAUAUGGGAUCGGACGACACCGAGUUCCCGCUGUCUUUAAAUGUUUCGCAGACCGAGACGGAGAGGUUCCUCCUGUCCAGCCUCGAAAAGGAGCUAGGCGGUGAUGGCGGCGUGCCAGUGGUGGAGAGGGGGGUCGAAGCCGAGUCAGUGGCGCAGGAUGCCGACGGGGCGACGGUCACGCUGGUGAAAACGGGCGGUGGGGAUGACGCAGGGGCGAGGGAGACGGUCCGGUGCAAGUACGUGAUCGGGGCAGACGGGGCUCGCAGUAUCGUCCGCAAGGCCAGCACAUCCAUCACCUUUGACGGCAAAACAUAUCCUCACGAUUUCAUCAUCUGCGACGCUUACUUAUACGAUACGUAUCUGCCCCUGGACCGCAUCCAGAUCAACAUGCAGGGCCACUUCGUGGGAAUCUUCCCUGUGGGCGGAGAUGUCGUCCGCGUAGCCAGCAUGCGCGAUCCCGGGGCCGAGCUGACCGGUGUGCCGACCCUGGAAGAGUUCCAGCAGAUUCUUUCUAACAGGGGCCGCUGCGGUCCUGCCGUAGGCCGUCUGCACGACCCGAUCUGGAUGACCAACUUCCGGACCCACUGCCGAUGUGCUAGUCGGUACCGGGAUGGGCGGCUCUUCAUAGCCGGAGACGCAGCCCACAUCCAUUCUCCGGUCGGUGGGCAGGGUAUGAAUGCAGGGCUGCAGGAUGCCAUCAACUUGGGAUGGAAACUCUCAGCCGUCUUGCGCGGAGCCGCUCACGAGUCUCUGCUGGACACAUACGAGGAGGAGCGACGCCCUAUCGGACUAGACCUAUUGCGUACAACGGAUAACAUGUUCCAGUUUUUCGCUAUUACGAACCGCUUCCUAAUAUGGCUGCGCGCCUUGGUCGGCCCCUGGCUCCCACCUCUGCUGGUCGGGACCCGAGCGCGCCGCCGGCGCUUCUUCAAGUGGAUAACGAUGCUCAGCGUCUCGUAUCGUGGGAACAGCAGCAUCGUCGCGACCGCCACUGGGUUCAAGGGUCCCGUCAUGGGCGGCGACCGCGCUCCCGACGGCAAGCUCCUCGUCUCCACCGCCGCUGACGCCGCCGAAACGACGACGACCACUAACCUUCACCAUCUCAUCGCUGGGGUCAGACACCAUCUCGUGCUUUUCGCUGGCGAGACUGCGACCGAGGACGACUUGAUCCAGUUUGCUGCCAAAGUCGUUGCCCGCGAGAACGAGAUACAGGUGGUCAUGAUCUUUUCGGGCGACGAGGGCUCCCUGGUGCCAAAGAAUGCAUAUCGUGACCCUGGGUCGGUUGUGCACAAGCGGUAUGGGUUGGGAUCCAAGCCGGGCUAUGUGUUGGUGCGGCCCGAUCAAUAUGUUGCUCACAUUGGACACCUCUCAAGCGUGGAAGAGCUAGUGGCUUCCCUUGGUUAAAAUUGCCACAUCACCGAAAAUCAUGUAACUCAUUUAGAGAAAGCCGUUGCCAUGAUGUUGCCACAUUAAAUAUGUGCACUUGCCGC